AUGGCAAAAAGAAGCUCUAUUUACAUCCUCAGCGUUUUCGUACCGAUAUGGACUUUUUUGAUCUGUUCUUUUUGCAAAGAACUAUCUCUAAUACGAAAAUGUCGGAAUAUUGACAGUUCGUAUACUAGCCUUUCUCAAAGAGUGAAGGAACAAUAUGAUUCAAAUCGAAGAAGAAACUACUUUCCCGAAGUAAAGCUUUCUCGCAACAGUUAUGAGGAUUACACUUUAAAUUAUAGAAGACAAAAUGAUUAUGGCCACGUAUAUCCACGUGAAAAUGCAACGAUAUUAAUGCUAGUGAGAAACUCAGAAUUAGAAGGAGCUUUAGAUUCAAUGAGAUCUUUAGAAGACAGAUUCAACAAUAAGUAUCAUUAUGAUUGGACAUUCCUGAAUGACGUUCCCUUCGACGAAGACUUCAUUGAAGCGACCACAGCAAUGGCAAGUGGGAAGACCCAAUACGCCUUAAUCCCGUCAGAGAACUGGAACCGGCCACAAUGGAUUAACGAAACGCUUUUUGAAGAAAGACUACGUGCGAUGGAAGAUGAAGGUGUUCUAUAUGGGGGAUCCAAGUCAUAUAGAAACAUGUGCCGUUUUAAUUCCGGAUUUUUCUUCAGACAGACAAUAUUGGACAACUAUGACUAUUAUUUUAGGGUGGAACCCAAUGUCGAAUAUUAUUGCGAUUUCCCGUACGAUCCGUUCAGGAUUAUGAGAUUGAAAGACAAGAAAUAUGGGUUCGUCAUUUCGUUAUACGAAUACGAGGAAACAAUACCGACGCUAUGGCAUACAAUAGAGGAAUAUUUGGAAGCGAAUGAAGGAGCUAUUCUUAGUAAAGAGGACAGCGCAUAUGCAUUUUUGACUGAUUCGGGAUUAGUCGGUAAGCACUAUCCUAUUGUCGAGGCAAGCUCCGAUUACAACUUAUGUCAUUUUUGGUCAAAUUUCGAAAUUGGCGAUCUAAAUUUCUUCAGAAGUGACGAAUACAAGAACUUUUUCGAAACCUUAGACGCCAAGGGAGGAUUCUAUUACGAGAGAUGGGGGGAUGCUCCUGUGCAUUCAAUCGGUGUGUCCUUACUGUUAAGACCGGAUGAAAUCAUCCACUUUGAUGAACUUGGCUAUUUCCAUUCACCAUUCGGUACCUGUCCGGCAUCGUAUGCCGUAAGGCUCGACCAGCGUUGUAGAUGCAGGAGCAACGAUGAGAGCGUCAUAGAUAUAGCGCCUCACAGUUGUUUGAUGAGGUGGUGGAAAAAUGGCAGCGGCAAAUUUUUCCUGAAGGAAAAGUAA